UGCUAAAAAAAAUAAACUUUCCAUUUCCUGCAAAAAAAAAACUCUCUCACCCUCCCUCCCGCUCAAAAUAUCCCCUGUUCCGUUCCAUUUCUGAUCAUCCCUUCUUCAUCCUAUUUAUUCCUCCUUUUUCUCUCUCCUCUCUCCAAGAAGAACUCACGGAGUACCUGCUAUUUCCAUUUUAUUAUUUUACUCACACAAAAAAUUCCCAAAUUUUGAUUUCAUACCUAAGUUCUUGAAAUUUCUCCUAUUUCAUUAGUCGCACCAAAUUCCCAUCCUUAGCUUAAAAAUAGUGAUUACUGACUAGGGUUCUUCUCGGACUUCUCCAUUUCCGUGAAAAUCGCAGUGGUUGAAUUUGUGCUUCCAAUACUAGCAUUCACUGUGGAAUUUUUACCCGAUAAUGUCGAGAAAGCACUCAAAUACUGAUAUAAGGGAGUCAGAACUGGAUGACUAUAUAGAUGAUGUUUACUAUCGUCUGAAGAAAGACAAAUACACAGUUAAGGUAUCAAAGAGUACAUUCAGGUGUCCUUUUUGUAUUGGAAAAGAAAAACAAGACUUUACCUUCCAUGAUCUUUUGGAUCAUGCUAGAGCAGUAGGAAAAGGCUCUAGUAGGGAUGGGUUAAGACUCAAGGGGAAGCAUAAAGCCCUUGGUUACUUCUUGGACAAGUAUCACCGUCCAAGAGAAGGGUCUUCAGGAAAAGGCACCUCACACGUGAAGCAUGAUGAUAAAUGCAGUCCAAAGGUAUCAUCAACACCUUCUGAAAAAGGCGCCUCACACAUGAAGCACGAUGAUAAAUACAGUCCAAGGGUAUCAUCAACACCUUGUGGAAAAGGCAUCUCACACGUGAAGCAUGAUGAUAAAUACAGUACAAGGGUAUCAUCAACACCUUCUGGAAGAAUCAUUUCACAAGCCAAAGAUCAUGAGGACACUGAGAAAUUUGUAUGGCCAUGGAAAGGCAUUGUGGCUAACCUUCCUGUUGAGCUUAAAAAUGGAAAGUAUGUUGGGAAGAGUGGAAACAAGUUGCGAGAUGAACUUGCUAAAAAGGGUUUUAACCCUUUGAAUGUAAAACCUUUAUGGAGUGCUCAAGGCCACUCCGGAUUUGCUAUUGUGAAUUUCGGUAAGGAUCUACUGGAAUUUAAGAAUGCAAGAUCAUUUGAGAAUGACUUUGAGUUAAGUCGCCAAGGAAGAAGAGAUUGGUACUCAACAAGGGGACGUGGAGACAAACUUUUUGGAUGGUUGGCGAGGGAGGAAGACUACAUAUCUAACAGUCUUUGGGGAAAGCAUCUGCGUGACAGUGGCGAUCUUAAGACCUUUGCUGAUAUUAAAAAUGAAGAAGAAAGGAAAGAAAAAAGCCUAUUUUCAAGCCUUAACCAGACCAUUCAAGUGAAAGACAAGCAAGAAAUAGAAAUGCGGAGCAAGCUCAAUGAGACAUGUGCUGCUUUAGAGGAGGUGAUAAAAGAAACAGAUAAAAUGACGCACUCUUACAAUAAAGAGAUGGAAAGGAUGUGGAAAGAAACUGUUGAUGGUAAAGAGAAGAUACUAAGUGAACAUGAGAACUUUAAGUGUCAGCUAAGAUCAAAGAAAGAUGAGCUGGAGAAACAUGAAAAAUUGUUGGAAAGACGCGAAGCUGAUUAUGACAGCAAAAUAAUCAAGCUUCGACAACAGAGGAAAUUGAAUGAGUUGGCAAUACAGGAACAACAUCGAUCAGAACAGAAAGUGCUUAAACUUGUCGAUGAGCAUGAGAGGGAAAAGGAGGCACUCCACAAGAAAAUCAUUGAUCUGGAAAAGCAGAUUGAUCAAAGGCAAGCGUUAGAGUUGGAGAUUGAGCAAUUGAAAGGAGCUGCUCAAGUUGUGGAACAUAUGGGAAGGGAUAAUGAAACCAAGAAAAGGAUGGAAGACAUCAAUAAACAACUGAAGGAAAAGGAAGAAGAACUGGAGGAUGUAGAGGAUCUAACUCAGGCUUUGGUUGUUAAGGAGAGAAAAUGCAAUGAUGAGUUGCAGGACGCACGCAAGGAGUUGAUAACGGGGUUCAAAGAAAGGAAAGUUGUCCGUGCUAACCUUGGUGUAAAAUUUAUGGGGCUUCUUGAUUCUAAAGUUUUUGAAAGUGUGGCUAAAGAUAAGUACUCCAAAGAAGAAGCAACUACCAAAGCCGGAGAACUGUUAUCGUUGUGCAGAGGAUAUAUUGAAGAUCCCGACUGGCAUCCUUUCAAAGUUAUUUCCGAGCGUGGAUUAUUCAAGGAGGUUAUAAAUGAAGAAGAUGAAAGAUUGACAAACUUGAGGAACGAACACGGAGAUAAAAUUUGGCAGGCUGUUACCACUGUGAUGAGCGAGCUGAAUGAAUACAAUCCUAGUGGUCGAUAUCCAGUACCAGAGCUUUGGAACCUGAAGGAUGACAGAAAGGCAUCACUGGGGGAGGCUGCAGAGUACUUGGUGAACCUUUGGAGAUCUCACAAGAAGAAAAAAUAGCUGAAUUUCUUUGUGUGUCUAGGAUAUCUUUUUUUUCUUUGCAAACCAUACUAUUCCACAAACUAAAACACAUGAAGCUCUCAUCUAGGACACUAUCACAGUGAGUCUAGUAAGAUUUGCUGCACUGAUUUACUCUAAGACUCUUAACAAGAUAAUUUGGUGAAAGAUAAUAUUAUUAUGUAAUUUAACCUCUUGAUUUGAUGCAUUUGGGAUGCAAUAGUUGGUAUUAAUGAUUUUGA